CAUCCGGGGGUAGCCGCCUCCUCUGCAGCCUGCCCGCGCCUCGAAACCCGGACCUGCCUCCGCCUCUUCCUCCAGCGGCUCCAUCCCUCCUCCCGCGCUCCGUCCUCCCGCCGCCCCCGCCGCCGCGCCCCCGGUGGCUGCCUCGGCGGACCGGGGAGGGGGCCCGCCGCGUCGGCCGCCAGCUCGGCUCGGCUCGGCUCGGCCCGGCCCGGGAGGCGUGCAUGCCCCUGCUGCCCGCGGCGCUCACCAGCAGCAUGCUCUAUUUCCAGAUGGUGAUCAUGGCAGGGACGGUGAUGCUGGCGUACUACUUCGAGUACACGGACACGUUCACCGUGAACGUGCAGGGCUUCUUCUGCCACGACAGCGCCUACCGCAAGCCCUACCCGGGCCCGGAGGACAGCAGCGCCGUGCCCCCCGUGCUCCUCUACUCCCUGGCCGCCGGCGUCCCCGUGCUCGUGAUAAUAGUUGGAGAAACCGCUGUGUUUUGCCUACAACUAGCCACAAGGGAUUUUGAAAACCAGGAAAAAACUAUCUUAACUGGAGACUGUUGCUACAUAAACCCACUGGUGCGGAGAACUGUCCGAUUUCUCGGAAUUUAUACAUUUGGACUGUUUGCUACAGAUAUCUUUGUAAAUGCUGGGCAAGUCGUUACAGGAAAUUUGGCUCCACAUUUCCUUGCCCUGUGUAAGCCCAACUAUACAGCACUUGGAUGCCAGCAGUAUACACAGUUCAUCAGCGGGGAAGAGGCCUGCACCGGCAACCCAGACCUUAUCAUGAGAGCAAGGAAAACAUUUCCAUCCAAAGAAGCAGCUCUCAGUGUCUAUGCAGCUAUGUAUCUGACAAUGUAUAUUACAAACACAAUCAAAGCCAAAGGAACCAGACUUGCUAAGCCAGUUCUGUGCUUGGGCUUAAUGUGUUUGGCCUUUCUUACUGGACUCAACAGAGUUGCAGAAUAUCGAAAUCAUUGGUCAGAUGUGAUAGCAGGCUUUCUGGUUGGAAUAUCUAUAGCAGUAUUUCUGGUCGUUUGCGUGGUAAACAAUUUCAAAGGAAGACAACCAGAAAAUGAGCAUAUACACAUGGAUAAUCCGGCACAGAUGCCAAUGAUCAGCAUCCCUCGAGUAGAAAGUCCUUUGGAAAAGGUAACAUCUGUACAGAACCACAUCACCGCCUUCGCGGAAGUCACAUGAUAUUGAAGCAGAUGGUUUUUCACUGCAUUGGACAUCAUCUCUUUUUACCAUUCAUUCAUAACACCCAAAGUUUGUUUGAUUACAAAAGAAGUUUAUAAAGUUGUCUAAUAAUUUUUAUAAUUUUAAAAUCAAUGUCAACCUAUCUGUUUCCCCCACUAGACUGUGAGCUCCUCGAGGGCAGCACUGUGUCGUUCUUUUCCGUAACCCCAGCACCUACCACAAAGCCUAGCACACAGUAGGUGUUCAAUAAAAAUUUGAUGAUUGAAAGAACAAAUUAAUUCCAAAAUAAAACAUUCAUUUUAGUUUCUCACAGAAUCACUGUACCUAUGUUAAAAGAAACCACUACAUGAAUCAUAUUUGUAUAUGAAAACCCUCUAUUUUGGGCUAGUUAAGUUUUUUAAUUUUUCAUAUAUCUAUUCAACAGUAUGCCAUAUUUAAUUUGAAGUGGACUUUGAAAGUCAUGGGGGUUUUUAUUUUAUUAUUCAGCAUGACAUUAUUUCCAUCCUAACAGAUUUCAGUGUGUGAAAUUACUUUACUUUUAGAAAGUACUAAAAUAAUGUUUGCACAUUAUAUUAUGCUAUAUUUCACUUAAAUAUCAUUCAUACUAUACAUUCUAAGACUGGUGCUUCUGCUUUUGAAGGGGAAAAUGCCAAUUUUUACUGUAAUAAGUAAUGUAUCAUAAUUAAAAAUUAUUUAUUUGGA